UUUACGAAGGGUUUUGGAGGGAGCUGGUCAAUCACAAGAAUCGUGCUGUCUUCCGUCUCCAAGUAGUAAAUUCGAGACCAUCCACAUAGCAAGAUGAAGUUUCUGAAACGGGGAGCUCGCGCUGAUAGUGAUGAGCACCCUAGCUCAGCCCCAGUGUACCGCUCCACUCAGAAGCAACUCCCCAUGUUGCAUCUGAAAGAUACCGUGCGGAACAAUGUCAUUGCCGUCGUGGGAGAAUUUGUGGGAACCUUCCUGUUCUUGUUCUUUUCAUUCGCUGGCACUCAGGUGGCCAACACGCCCGCACCAGUGCCCGGUGCUCCGCCGAAUACCUCGAACUUGCUCUAUUCUUCCCUGUCGUUCGGAUUUUCCUUGAUGGUUAACGUCUGGGCCUUUUACCGGGUGACCGGCGGUCUCUUCAAUCCAGCGGUCACCCUGGCCCUAUGCCUCGUGGGCGGCUUGUCGCCUAUCCGUGGGGUCCUAGUCUUCGCGGCUCAGAUUGUGGGUGGCAUUGCGUCGGCCGGUGUGGUCAGCGCCCUGUUUCCAGGGCCUUUGAAUGUUUCAACCCGUCUAGGAGGAGGCGCCUCUAUCUCGCAGGGGCUGUUUAUUGAGAUGUUCCUCACCGCGCAACUGGUCUUUGUGAUCAUCAUGUUGGCGGUGGUGAAACACAAGUCAACCUUUCUGGCACCGGUCGGAAUUGGUCUAGUCUUCUUCGUCACGGAGAUGAUUGGCGACUACUAUACUGGCGGCUCCCUUAAUCCCGCGCGUUCCCUCGGCCCGGAUGUUAUCAACCGCAGCUUCCCAGGUUACCAUUGGAUCUACUGGGUCGGUCCAUUGCUGGGUUCCUUACUGGCAUGCGGUUUCUUCGGUCUCUUGAGGAUGAUGGAAUACCAGACCGCCAAUCCGGGACAGGAUUAUAACGAGUGGGAAGCGAAGAACGGCCCCGGAUCCUUGGACAUGGCGACGACCCGACCGUCGGUCCAGUUCUCCGACACGUCCACCCUAAACCACGGGCAUUCGCCGACGAAUGGCCAGGGCGUGCAAUCGCAACCGGUCAACGGUGCAGAGCAGGUUUAAUCGCUGUCUACCGGCCUCGCUGGAAUCAGACACGCCACGGAUCCUGUCAUUGGACUGUUGGACGCUUUUAAUGCUGAUAAUUUUCGAUAGUCGACCUAGCUGUGUCCAAUUCGGGACAGUAAGGACGACAUAUGAACCUGUAGUCAAUUAUAAUUGUUAAUAAGUGUAGUUACAUCGCCAGCAAGGAUUAAUACUUGUUGGUGGGGGGAGUCUUGGGUGGAAGGUUACAUAUUAGUUACUAGUACUUGGUGGUUGGGAAGG